GUCACGGGACUCGACUGCAAAACGCUACUACAGUUUCCCACACUCCAAAAAUGACAGGAGCGCACCUUCGAUAAUCGAUGAAAAAUGCUGUGCCUCUAAUUUAACUUUUGAAUUGCACUCUUUCUUGAGGACCUUUAUUUUAAAGGACGACGAGUAGCAUCUUCCCGACAACCCUGACACACCGAUCUGUUGCAUCUAGAAUAAAGACAAGAACUUAAGAACCAUGGCAGGAGCAGAGACAUUCCAAGAGCGUUCAAAAGGAAAGGAUGUUCGUACAUCGAAUAUUGUCGCCGCAAAGGUACGAGGAGACUCUGUGUUGCCGCUGCAGGAUCGGCAGCCGGGCACAUUUUUCUAAUUCAUUUUUUCGAACUUUCUCUACUUAGGCUGUUGCAAAUGCGGUGCGAACUUCACUUGGUCCACGGGGUAUGGACAAAUUGAUGCAACUGGAAAACGGCGAGAUUCUGAUCAGUAACGAUGGCGCCACCAUUUUGAAAAACAUGAAAGUGAUCCAUCCUGCUGCGAAAAUGUUGGUAGAUUUGUCACAGUCUCAGGACAUUGAAGCAGGAGACGGAACGACGACCGUUGUUGUGUUAGCAGGUGCUUUGUUGAAUGCCUGUUCCUCGUUGUUGUCGAAGGGGAUCCACCCAAUGGCAAUUGCGAGUUCCUUUCUUCGGGCGGCAGACAAGGCGGUUGAAUUCCUAGAGGAAAUCUCCAAACCUGUUGAUUUAAGUGACAGAGAUUCUCUCUUGAGUGCGGUUGAAACAUGCUUGAGCAGUAAAGUUGUGGCUCAGAAUUCCGACCUUUUGGCUCCMAUGGCUGUGGACUCCGUUCUCGGUGUUGUAGAGGAUGUUGAAACGUCGACAAAUGUUGACCUAAAAGAUAUCCGUCUCGUCACACAGCUGGGUGGAACAGUUGACGACACCGAACUCGUCAAGGGUCUGGUACUGAAUAAAAGGGCAAACAAAACAGCAGGCGGCCCAACCGAAAUUCAAAACGCCAAGAUUGCUCUGAUUCAAUAUUGUUUGUCAGCACCGAAAACAGAUAUGGACAACAAUGUAGUGGUAAGCGAUUACGCAGCUAUGGAUCGAAUCCUUCGUGAGGAGCGGAAAUUCAUUUUGGGACAAUGUAAAGCAAUCAAAAAGUCGGGGGCGAACGUUCUUCUGAUCCAAAAGUCGAUCUUGAGAGAUGCGUACAAUGAAUUGUCAUUGCAUUUCUUGGCCAAGAUGGGCAUUCUAGUCGUAACAGAUAUUGCCCGAGACGACAUUGAAUUCGUAUGCCGAACUCUUGGGUGUCAGCCCGUCGCCCAUCCAGACCAAAUGAAGGCAGAUAAGCUUGGAUUCGCGGAGAAUGUUUCCGACGUACUGAUGGAGGGAGGGUCUACGAAAGUGGUGAAAUUCACGGGUGUUAAAAAUCCGGGUAAAACCAUGACGGUUUUGUUGCGGGGUUCUAACCAAUUUGUCCUGGGUGAAGCCGAGCGAAGUUUGCACGAUGCACAGUGCGUUGUGCGAUCAUUUGUGAAGAAGCGCUACAUGAUUGCCGGAGGUGGGGCUGCCGAAACAGAAGCAUCGUUGAGAUUGCACAAGUAUUCACAAGAAUUAUCUGGCAUGGAUGCGUACUGCUUCCAAGCCUUCGCAGAUGCAUUGGAACUCAUUCCCUAUACUCUCGCAGAGAAUGCGGGUAUGAAACCAAUCGAGGUGGUGACUGAGCUCCGCAAACAACACGCGGAAGGAAUCAAAGGAGCCGGUAUCAAUGUGAAGAAAGGAAAGGUAAUCGAUAUGUACGAAAUGAAUGUUGUUCAACCGCUCCUGGUUUCUGCGUCUGCCAUCCAAUUAGCGACCGAAUGUGUCUCCAUGAUUAUGAAAAUCGACGAUCUUGUCGUUGUUGCACACGCCUAAGAAAAAUAGAUUUCCAUGUAUGGU